UGUUUGUUUGAAGGUCUCGCAAAAACCCUAAAACCUCAGUUCAUGGUUUCUGGUGUUAUCGACUUCCUUUGAGUUCUACCCUUUGCUACUCCUUCUCUGCGUGUCUCUGUUCGCAAUAAUAAUUCAUCCAUUGCAAUUUCUUCAAAGGAUAAAAGAUGGAGGAACAACACAUAGAAGAGGUGAAAUCAUUCAAAGAGCUUAAUAUAUGCGAGUCCUUAAUUGAAGCUUGUGAUAGAUUAGGAUGGACUGCUCCUACUAAAAUUCAAGCCGAUUCCAUUCCUCAUGCUCUUGAAGGAAAGGAUAUAAUUGGGCUUGCACAGACUGGGUCUGGUAAAACUGGGGCUUUUGCAUUACCCAUAAUUCAGGCUUUAUUGGAUGAAAAAUCACCUCAGCCUUUCUUCGGUUGCGUGCUUUCGCCAACUCGGGAGCUUGCAAUCCAAAUUUCUGAACAAUUUGAAGCUCUAGGAGCUAGCAUUGGAUUAAGAACUGCAGUGCUUGUUGGUGGAGUGGACAUGAACCAGCAGCAACUUGCUCUUGGAAGACGGCCUCAUAUUGUAGUGGGAACGCCUGGACGCCUUAUGGAUCAUUUGACUAAUACCAAAGGUUUUUCACUUCGUACCUUGAAAUAUCUGGUGUUGGAUGAGGCUGAUAGAUUGUUGAAUCAGGACUUUGAAAAGGCACUUGAUGAUAUUUUAAAAGUUAUUCCGGUUAAUAGGAGGACUUAUCUGUUUUCUGCCACUAUGACAAAUAAGGUCAAAAAGCUUCAAAGGGCAUGUUUAAGGGACCCCGUGAAGGUUGAGUCAGAUUCAAAAUAUUCUACUGUCGACACUUUGAAGCAGCAAUAUCUUUUUGUACCUGCUAAAAACAAGGAAUGCUAUCUUGUAUAUAUUUUGACGGAGAUGUCUGGUAGCACUAUGGUUUUCACUCGUACAUGUGAUGCUUCAGGCCUGUUAGCACUCAUGCUUCGUAACCUUGGUUUUAGGGCGGUUGCAAUCAAUGGCCACAUGACUCAGGCAAACCGACUUGGGGGACUAAACAAGUUCAAAGCUGGUGAUUGCAGUAUUCUCAUUUGCACCGAUCUAGCAAGUAGAGGGCUUGAUAUUCCUGCAGUGGAUAUGGUGAUAAAUUAUGAUAUUCCCUCUAAUUCCAAGGAUUACAUUCAUCGGGUAGGGAGAACGGCACGUGCUGGAAGGUCAGGGGUUGCCAUCUCAUUAGUAAAUCAGUAUGAGCUUGAGUAUUUUCUGCAGAUAGAGAAUUUGAUAGGCAAAAAGUUACCAGUGCAUCCUGCUGAGGAAGAAGAAGUUAUGCUCCUACGGCAACGUGUUACUGAGGCGAAAAGAAUAUCACAUAUGAAAAUAAAGGAGGGUGGUAAGAAUAAAAGAAAAGGCAGGGGAGAUGAUGAUGGAGAUGAAGUUGAGAAGUGGCAAAACACGAGCAAGGGCAACAGAGGUGGCAAAACAUUCAAAAAGUCUCGGAGAUGAUGCUUUUUUACUUGCAUAGACAAAUUCAAAGUAUUGAAAUAGGAUACGCAACAAUUUUGUUAGAAACCUUCUUCUAGGAUGUAAUUUUCACUUGUUUUUGUACGAUAAUCUUGUUUUACUAGAAAAUUUCUGUUUUUGCACUUUGUUCA